AUGGCUAAAGUCGGUCGAGGUUUGCAAAUACCACUUUCAUGGAUUCCAGGACGUGAUGGAUUUUGUCCAGCUGGUGCAGUUUCUGUUGAUAACAUAUGUGUAGCACGAAGUAAACACAGUGGGGAAUUAUUGCCUGGAAAAUUAGUACCGAUGAAUGGAAAAUGCUAUUGUCCUUAUGGUGGAGCAGAAUUAGAGUCUUACGAUUAUGAAGUAUUGUGUGAAAGUUUUAUUCCUGGUUCUUGCAAAGGAUAUCGUUGGGAAAGAGCAUUUGACGGUGAUGUUCCAAAAAAUGCAAUUGUUGCUGGAAUAGCUAAAGAUGGUGAACCAUUGUACAUUGUAAAAGGUGUUGUGAAUGAUGAAACAUGUUUUGGAAAGCUACACGAAGGUCAUUCAUGUGCCUACUUACCAUGGGGUGGUAAGGAAUAUUCAGUCAAUGAAUAUGAUGUACUUGUGUGGCAGAAACAUUGA